AUGCCCAACAAGUCCCAAUCAAAAGUCCCCAAGUCCGAGCAGGAGAGUCACAUCAUGGGAUCGCAAGUUAAUGCUCCCGAAAUGGCAGAUCAGCCUCAGCCUGCUUCUUCCGAUGUCGAUGAGACGAUGACUCGGGAUUACAAGGAGGCAAUCGACCAGUCUAAUGUCCUCUCUGGCGAUGCCCUUCGCCACGCAAAGCCCCAGUCUUCCACGGGCUACUACGAACCAACGGAGGAAGAAACUGAUAUCUCCUGGAGACCUGAUCCUUCGGGUCAUCCGCGCAGGACUUUCUAG